CAGGGGCCUCCUAGAGCCUUCCUGCAGGUCGCUCCAGCCGCCCAAGAGGGGCCCGGGAGGCUGGGGCCAGAGACCCUGAUAAGCCUCUCUGGCGACGAUACUCCUUGAUCCCCUUCCUCCUCCGCCCGGCCAGCUUCCUCAGGAAGACUCGCAGGAAAUAGGCGGGAGGCGCUUCUGCGUUGAGGGUCGCGGCCGCCCGACUUCUCCCAGCCGGGUCCCCGGGACUAUGGAGCGCCGCUGGCUUCUUCCGCCGCCGUUGCUGCUGCUGCUGCUGCUCGGCCUGCCGGACCCCGGGCGCGGCUCCUCGGAGCUGGAGCUCGGGGGAAGGCACGUGUGCACGACGGAAGAUAGCCUGCCGCCCGCCCUCGUCUGCUGCCCGGGAUGGAAGCAAGUGGGGCCCGAGUGCCCCCUGGCCCUCUGCUUGGGCGCCGACGCCUGCCAAGAGCGGGAGAUCUGCAUUCGGCCGGCGGUCUGCCGCUGCCGGCCGGGCUUCUUCGGGGCCAACUGCAGCGCCCGGUGCCCGGAGCAGUUCUGGGGCCCAGACUGCAAGCAGAACUGCCACUGCCACCCCCAUGGCAGGUGCCAUCCAGCCAGCGGAGAGUGCAGCUGCCACCUGGGCUGGUGGGGGCCGCUCUGCCAGUUGGCCUGCCAGUGUGGGCAGCGAGGUCACUGCCACCCCGUCACAGGCAGCUGCCAGUGUGAUCCAGGCUGGUGGGCCCCUGACUGUCGGAGGCAGUGUCAGUGCAAUCUCUUGGGCUCCCGCUGUGACCCAGCCACCGGCCGCUGCCUCUGCCAUCGGAGCUGGUGGGGCAGGCGAUGUGCCUCUCUCUGCAACUGCAAUGGAUCACCUUGCGCCCAGGAGUCCGGGCGAUGCGAGUGCACGGCAGGGUGGUGGGGGGCAGCCUGCCAGCACCUUUGCCAGUGUGUGCACGGCUUGUGCACCCCUCAGGAUGGACGCUGCACCUGUGAUGCUGGCUACAGGGGCCGCACCUGCACAGAGCCCUGCCCUGAGGGGACCUAUGGACCCCAGUGUGCCCACAGCUGCGGCCACUGCAAGAACCAAGAGCCCUGCUCCCCCACGGAGGGGGCCUGCCUGGCCUGCGACCCCGGCUGGAAUGGGACCCACUGCUCGCAGCCGUGCCCUCUGGGGCUGUACGGAGACAACUGCACCCAGCCGUGCCCCCGCCACUGUCUCCAAGGAGAGACUUGCCAACCGCAGACAGGACGAUGCCAGAACUGCGAGGCAGGAUUCAUGGGGGCCAGCCCUCCAUGGCUUUGCUGCAGGUGUGAGGCCCCCUGUCCCCCCGGCUUCUUCGGAGAAGGCUGCCGGUCCUCUUGUCCCAACUGCUUCCACGGGAGCUGUGAUCCUGCUUCUGGGACUUGCCUCUGCCAGCCUGGCUACUGGGGCACCAGCUGCAACCAGAGCUGCCCGGAAGCCUUCCAUGGCCCCAACUGCUCCGCGGCCUGUCCCUGUGCAGAGGGACCAUGCCACCCUGUCUCCGGAGACUGCCCGUGGGAAGUCCAGGGCCAGGAGGCCCUCCUUGCAGGCAUCCUGGGCCCACUCCUGCUCCUGCUGGGCCUCUGCUGCUGCUACUGCUGCUGCCACCACCGCUGCCGUGGGGCAGCCUCUGUGGUCAGGGCACCAGGGGCCGAACGGGAUCCCUUCCCUCCAGCAAAGCACCGCCUGAUAGCCAGGCUGCCCAGCCUCCCUUCUAGCUUGCCCUGCUUCUCACCAGGGGGCUCAAAGCUUCCACGGGUGACAGUUGCCCACCGAGACCCGGAGAUACCCUUCAACCCCAGUUUCAUUGAACCAACAUCCACUGCCUGGCCCUCGGACAGCUCCUUUGGCUCCUUUGAGGGAGCCAACGAAGAAAUGGGGGGCUGCCAAGGGCCUCAGUCUGCUCUCCCUCCCAGCGAAGAUUGGAAGACCCUCCUGGUGAAGAAGAGCCCCCGCCUGUUGCCACCCACCAUCAUGGCUCCCACCCUCGCCACGGCCCACCGGCGUCGCUGGUGGAUGGCCUGCACGGCUGUCGUGGAGAACCUCUUCUUCUCCGCCGUCCUCCUGGGCUGGGGAUCCCUCCUGAUCAUGCUCAAGUCGGAGGGCUUCUACUCCUACCUGUGCCCCCUCCCAGAGAAUUCGACGGGGGCGGCCUUGGUGCCCGGGAACGGGACGGCAGCCCCAGAGCCGGAAGUGGCCCGCAUGAACGGCUGGCUGAUCUGCAAGGAGCAGGACGAGAUGCUGAACCUGGCCUUCACCGUGGGCUCCUUCCUUUUAAGCGCCAUCACCUUGCCCCUGGGCAUCGUCAUGGACAAGUAUGGGCCACGCAAGCUGAGGCUGCUGGGCAGCGCCUGUUUUGCAGUCUCCUGCGUGAUGAUCGCCUAUGGGGCCAGCAACCCGGACUCCCUAUCGGUGCUGAUCUUCAUCUCGCUGUCACUGAACGGCUUUGGAGGGAUGUGCAUGACCUUCACAUCUCUCACACUGCCCAACAUGUUCGGGGAUCUCCGCUCCACCUUCAUUGCCCUCAUGAUCGGCUCCUAUGCCUCCUCGGCGGUGACGUUUCCCGGGAUCAAGGUGAUCUAUGACCUGGGCGUCUCCUUCAUCCUCAUCCUGCUGGUUUGGGCUGGCUGUGCGGGCCUUGUCUUCUUCAACUGCUUCUUCAACUGGCCCCUGGAGCCCUUCCCAGGCCCCGAAGACAUGGACUACACGGUGAAGAUCAAGUUCAGCUGGCUGGGCUUUGACCACAAGAUCACCGGGAAGCAGUUCUACAAGCAGGUGACCACGGUCGGCCGCCGCCUCAGUGUGGGCAGCUCCAUGAAGGGCAACAAGGAGGCCACAGCCCUGCAGGACGGCAACAAGCUCUGCUUCUCCACGGUGGAUCUGGAGGUGAAGUGCGAGCCAGACAGUGCAGCUUCCCCAUCCUUCAUGAACAGCGUCUUCAGCCCCAUCCUGCUGCUCAGCCUGGUCACCAUGUGCGUCACGCAGCUCCGGCUCAUCUUCUACAUGGGGGCCAUGAACAACAUCUUGGAGUUCCUGGUGGAGGGCGACCUGGAGACAGUGGGGCUUUAUGGCUCCAUCUUCGGAGUCCUGCAGCUGCUCUGCCUCAUGACGGCGCCGGUAAUCGGCUACAUCAUGGACUGGAAGCUGAAGGAGUGUGACGACGGCCCUGAGGCGGCGGACAAGGGAGACGCCAGCCCCCCGGGUGAGAAAAAAAAGAGACCUCGGGACCGCCAGAUCCAGAAGAUCUGCAACGCCACCCGGGCUUUUGCUUUCACCAACGUGCUGCUGGUGGGCUUUGGGGUCACUUGCCUGAUCCCCAACUUGCCUUUGCAGAUCCUUUCCUUCAUCCUGCACACCAUCGUCAGAGGCUUCAUCCACUCAGCGGUUGGGGGUCUCUAUGCUGCUGUGUAUCCUUCCACGCAGUUUGGCAGCUUGACCGGGCUGCAAUCUCUCGUCAGCGCCCUCUUUGCCCUCCUGCAGCAGCCCCUUUUCCUGGCCAUGAUGGGCCCCCUGGAAGGAGACCCGCUCUGGGUCAACGUCGGGCUGCUGGGGGUGAGCAUGCUGGGCUUCUGCCUGCCCAUCUACCUCAUCUGCUACAGACGGCGCCUGGAACGGGCAAAGCAGCAGAAGCAUGACGAUGCUCAGCUCUUCCUCAAGAUCAACGGCACACCCAGCGAGGAGGCGUUUGUCUAAGAGACUGGCUGGGGGAGGGCUUCCCCCCCCACCCUGAGAAGCCCCCCAGCACAGCUCCCAUCUCACGGGCCUUGCUUUGGAUUCAAAAGCCACAACACCAUGUCUCUUCCGUGGCACCACCCUGCUGUGGUCUCCCCUGCCCACAGUCUCUGGUGCUGGCCUCAGAGACGCCUAACUUGAUACGGGUCUCGGUUGCUUUGCAAAGGGAAUGCCCCCCUGCCCCCGCCUGUUCUGGUGAUCUAGCCCUUCUCGGCACACACCUGCACGACACAUGCGCACGAGCACACAGGCAACGGCUUGGUUUGUGUCUGUGCAGGACACAGACUCCGGCCUCCCCAUCUGCCUGCUCUCCCUUCCUGGGUGAUAGCUUCCAGCCACUCCCCUGGUCCCUUCGGCCUCUGCAGCUGCUGGCCGAGGAGGAGCAAGGAGAGCAUUUGGUUUGCCUGCAUCUUGCACCUGUCCUGGGGGGAAUGUGGCCCUCACCUUCUCUGCAGAUCGAGGACCAGCUUGACAAAAGCUGGGGGUUGCAGUGUCUUGUUCUCCCCCACUUUGGACUUUUUGGGGCAUGACCGAAGAGGGGCAGUUUUGCACAGGGUCACGCAGGCAUCUUGGCUGCAGCAGGAAUUAACCUCAAGGUCUCAAACAUUAGGGGGUCUGGCAGACCGAGGCAAGGAGAUGCCCAAAUCAUGACCUGGGCUGAUGCGCACCGCCUCCUGCCCUGCCAUCCCUGCCCAUUUCUGGCUCUGCCAAAGGCAGGUUCAGCCUCCUGGCCCCUGGAACAGCAACUGCCCCCUCUGGUGGCGGGAAUCCUCAUAGGCAGGGCGCUGGUUCCCUUGCAGCAGCCAUUGGGGCGGGGUGGGGGUGGGGGAGGUGGCUAAGAUGCCACAGGCGGAUUGCACUGUCUUUGUCUCGCAGCAUAAAAAAACAAAACAAAAACCAACCCAAAACACCA